AUGCUUCUAUGUUCCUAUCACGACGAGUCACGAGAUCACUGUCCAGAAGAGCGACGCCUCUUUCAACUGAUCUAUGGCCUAAGUGCUGAGAAGCUCCAAGAAUUCCGGUAUGCUACACACCCGUCUAUUCUCCGUUCUUUGAACACUGUUGGCUACGCCCACCUGUCAGGUAAAAUCGCCCUCAGGGAGGAAAAGCAGCAAGCUGGAGACAACAUUCGACCGGGUCGUGGAGCUGGUGGAAAAUGGAGAGAUUGA